AUGGCCACCAGCAAGCAUCCUUCCAAUCUAUUCUCUCCUCAUCUAUGGGAGCCUACGCCUAAGGAUUCCAUACAUCAAUGGGGUCCGUAUGACGCUUUGACGUGGGCGCCUUGCAAUGAUGGAGUCAUCACCUCUCCUAAUGCCGACUACAUUCCACCUUACCGACCAGAAUGCGCAGACCUCGUCGCCCGUGCUGAUGGUCGCUUUGGGCUCCACGAUCCAUUCCAUGUUCCAUACGAAUACCAUCCGCGUCAAUGCUGGAUCAUUGCCUAUCCCAACAAAGAAGCCUUUCAAACUCACUGUUUCGCCGUUUUGUGGUACACCCUGAGCAUUCAUGAUGUCGACUUUUCCGCUUCCAACAGCCGCUCUGGCGUUGUGAAGCCGUCUCUGCUCAACCUGCUCGCUGAAGCCUCCCGCUUCCUUUCCAGAGAGGCCGAACCAUUCAUAAAGGGUACCGACCCGCGCAACGCCGACUACAUGGAGGCGGACAGACCUUCUCUCAUCGCCGGCCGUGCAUGGGUCGCGGACGCGCUGGAUCGCGUCAAGUCUCAUGGUCAGGCACUGGGUUCAUGUGCAGGCGACUUUCGGAACCUCACGCUACGCUUAGCUGAUCUGCAGCGUGGUAUGAUGGAUAUCUUCGGUUUUGUACACUACUGGCGCUUUGUAGGGCGUGCCAUGAUGCACAAGGAUUGGACCUAUCUACGCUCCCCCGACUUUGCUCCCAGCGAUCCGAAGCUAGACGGCGUCAUCAUCCGGGCCAGCACCAAGUACGUGGGGGCAUUCUGCACGAACUCCGCAUGGGCGUCCCAGCUUUACCGCUCCGGUGUGCCUGUUUGGAUCCCCCGCAAUCGAAACGACAUCUCUCCGUCUAUCAAGAGCUUGACGAUGGUCUCCCUCAAAAAGUACCCCCAUCUUGCGAUCGAACACUCGAAGGUUGACAAUGUGACGACCCCAUAUCCCGCAGUAGUGAAGAACUGGCCCAUGGGACCAGAGCGCGCGUAUAUGGCUCGGUAUGGGUACGGGAAUACGGCCGAGAAGUCAGAGGUUGUUUUCGGUGACCCGGCUACCUCGACGAGGAUGAAUGCGGCAUACAACCCGAAGCAUAACGUCGCUUCGCAUCAGCGCAAACCAUAUGCUGGUCGCCAUCGCAGCAACAAUGCUGGUCCGUCGUCAGGCUCAUCUGCGACGUCUACCAAGGGCGUGUGCACGCAGCCCGUCACCUCCCGCUGGAAACUUGACACGAGCGCAAGGCUCCCCGGCGUGCACCAAACCUGGUCAAGUGCCUGCGGGAAAGUCGACUACUCUAAUCCAGUCUCUUGCCCUCCUUUCGCUGGCGCCUUCCUCAUUCCUGACCCCAAUCUCUUCUUUGGGACUCAAACUACCCCCAAGCUGGUCACCUUCAUUCGUAACUGGCUUUCGCUCCGGCCUGCACUGAUUACCGCAUACUGGGGAAGCCCUGCCAUCCUCAGUGCCAUUGCAGCGCGACUGCCUGACCGGGACCCAGAAGUGCGCGGUCUUUCUACGCAGGAGUGGCGACAUUUUCUCGGGGGUUUUGUUUGGUUGGCAAUAGGAGUAUCGUACGAAGGUGGCAAGGGCAAACGGCCCCAGUCGAAGGUGGAUCAGGCACUGGCAAGGACUCAACUGUGCCGCUUGGUCGACUUGGACUCCGUGCCCCAGUCGACGGAUCAAACUGUGUUUAACGUGCGCGGUCACAGCAUCUCCCCGGAGGCUUGGGCCGACCCUAAGGAUCAUUUGAUGCGAGGGUUGUUUUGGGAUCUAUCAGAUCUAGGUUUCGCCACUGACGUCAUGGCUCUCGAUGCACUGAUCAUGCCAGCGGAUUGGCUCCGUGAUCCGUCGGGCCGGCAUGCGAGGCUCACCGACAUUUUCCCGAUGCCUACCCAGUCCGUCGAAACUCGCCGCGAUGUUCUCGGAGCUGAUGCAGCAAGCUCGCAUGUUCGAGCUGACAAGUUGCGAGCUCUGAUGGCCGAGUGGCCUAACUCCCCGCCGCGUUUGCAGAGUCCCAUCACUUCAACAACCGGCGUCGUCGUCGUUCACAUGACCAUCGCCAACCACUUGUUCCAGCGAUGCCAUGAUCGCUGGCGGCGGCCACUUACCGUACCGCGGGAGGUGCCGCCCUUCUUCCUUGACGACUGA